GGGAUUGGGACACCUGUAUCACUUCGACGUAGCCAGAUAUUGUUUGGGGAAACACAUGAACGUUGAACCAGGAUCCCGUCGGUAUUUUACCAUACUAACAGGACAGCCGUAAAGAUGAUAACCGCACAAUUCCUGCUCGUUUUUUUUUCAGUAGGAUUCGCUGUUGCAGUCGUUCCUACCGACAUUUCAGGCCUUACGUAUGAUUGCUUGCCCGACGGAAUUAUCCAUAUCCACGGAGUUCCUAAAGGAUAUACAAUAACAAGCCUCCUUGGGGGAUCUAGCUGUCACGUGACACAGAUAGACACACAUGACUAUGCCUUGGGUCGUUCCUGCACGCAAUGGACUUAUCAUAGCUACCCGGACUACACAUAUAUGUACCAGGCGGACGUACAACUCAGUCAUUCUUCUUCUCACGUCGUCGGAGGCAGCGGGUUCAGUCCAUUCCGCCUGAUAUGUGACAAAGUACACUCCGGGGGACAGGUGUUCAAAGUCCGCGACAUCAUAACUGUCCGAGAUAGGUCAAUAUAUUCGAGUGCUCUACCGACAUUAGCGUAUGCCAGGAAAUUGGAAAACAAUAGAAGAUACUAUAACUCGCCGCAAAUGUCUUUCUCGCGAUCACAAUAUUCAACUCAAAAUAUUUAUAGUGACAUUUACUCGGGAAACCUCAUUUAUCUUCAUAUUCGUAGCGGUGACUCACACUAUGCGGUACGACCAGAAAACUGUACUGCGAAAGAUAAAAACUCGUAUUAUGGUUACCAUGGAGAGUCAGUUGAACUAUGGGAUGUAACACAAGACAGAUGUGUGUUGGAACCAUAUCUCAUGAACAAAUUCAGCAGCAUGGACGCGGACCAAACUGUGGUCACUGCUCCUGUGUAUGCGUUUCACUUCGGAAACUAUCCCAGCAGCUAUUACUCUCAAGGUGUCUUUUUUGAGUGUUCUGUACGUGUGUGUAGUCGAGGAUCAUUCAGCUGCACUUUGGAUGUCUGUGACGACGUCAGGCGGGAAGGGAGAAGUGCUGAAGAAGAAGACGGGGAUGACUAUGAUCGUCACCUGAUCUCGGCAACACUUACAAUACGACAGAGUGGCUCAGUCAGAGAGCGGUUCUCUCUCACCACAACCCUACUAGGAGGUCUUGCUGUGAUCUUUUGCCGGAAACGUAUAUCCAUGUGAUGCAUUGAAAGGUCUGUCCAAUACGUGAACUAUAAACUCAUUCCCAUACAGGAACGACCACUUGUGUGAGGAAAUUGGUCAACUAAUGCAUUCUGCGACGUUAUAUUAGAGCGCAACAAAGACAAAAUGUAAUAAAUAAAAUAUAUGGCAAUA